UUUAUCAAGUGAGCUGCUUUGAAGUCACUAUGCCUGAUCCAGCCAAGUCCGCUCCCGCGCCCAAGAAGGGCUCCAAGAAAGCGGUGACCAAGACCCAGAAAAAGGGGGAUAAGAAGCGCCGCAAGACCAGGAAGGAGAGUUACUCCAUUUAUGUCUACAAGGUGCUGAAACAGGUUCACCCCGACACCGACAUCUCUUCCAAGGCCAUGGGCAUCAUGAACUCCUUCGUCAACGACAUCUUCGAGCGCAUCGCCGGGGAGGCGUCUCGCCUGGCGCAUUACAACAAGCGCUCCACCAUCACCUCCCGGGAGAUCCAGACCGCCGUGCGCCUGCUGCUGCCCGGGGAGCUGGCCAAACACGCCGUGUCGGAGGGCACUAAGGCUGUGACCAAGUACACCAGCUCCAAGUAACUGGGGAGCCUCUUAA